AUGGUGAAAUACUUUGAUCCAAGCACCGCUCCUUACUUGAACCCUACAAUUGACCGCAGAGUUGCCUUUAUUACAGGUGGAAAUAGUGGUAUUGGUUGGUUUACAAUUUUACAUCUUUACUUGCAUGGGUAUGUAGUUUAUAUUGCAGGAAGAACUGAAUCCAAAGUACGCAAAGCUAUCGAGGAUAUAAAAGGUGAAGCCGAGAAGAGAGUAAGUGAAUAUACUAAAGAAGAGCAAAAUUCAAGAUCAUUAGGCUCUCUUGACUAUGUUUAUUUGGAUUUGUUAGACUUAUCAACAGUUGAAGCCGCUGCUGAUUCAUUUAGCAAGAAGGAGCCAGAAUUACAUAUCUUAAUCAAUAAUGCUGGAAUUAUGGGUGUACCAUAUGAAGAAACAAAGGAUGGAUAUGAAGUUCAGUAUCAAGUUAAUUUUGCAAGCCAUUUCUUGUUGACAUUUAAGUUGAUGCCAUUGAUCAAGAAGGUAGCUCUGAAAGGCAGUAUUCAACCAAGAAUCAUCCAGCUUACAUCAGAGGGUCAUAGGGCUUCAUAUAGGUAUUUCCGACCAGACGAAAACUUGAACAGGUUUCCCAACUUUUUGUAUACAUGGUACCGUUAUGGAGCUGCUAAAUUAGCGUCGAUACAAUUCAUGAAUUUAUUAGGUAGAGAAAACCCUGAUAUCUUGUGUGCUUCUGUUCAUCCUGGAAUUAUUUUUGAUACAGAGUUGUUUAAUUAUUGGAAAAAAUUGCCGAUACUAGGUUAUUUGUCGUCGGCUUCCAUGUACACCAUAUCUCCAUUAAUCGGUGUGCGCAUUGAAGAAGGAAGUCUUUCCACUUUGAAAGUUGCAUUAGAUCCAACAGUCAAUCUGUUAGAAGAUAGUGGUAAAUACUACGUUACAGGAGGUUACGAAAGCUCUGCUUCCAAAGUAGCACAGAAUGAGAAAGAUGCUAUAACUACUUGGAAUUGGAACUUGAAUUACAUGAACAAGCUUGGUUUUAGUAUUGAUGCUCCAAAAUUUUAG